GACAUCUGUGGUUCAAAGUCAGGAAGAGGAUUUGAGGCAACUUUUGAAGUGCUGCGUAGACUUAAUGAAAUCAAGUUUGGCAGCGGUGUCAUCGACGAACUUCUGUUUUUGGACCUGCCUCGUGAAUGUAGAUUCUCUUCUGGAAUAAUGAUGCUGGAGUAUGCCAAAGCAGUGGCUUAUCAGGACUUGAAACCUGCUUUUGUGUGUUCGCCUCCUACUGUUCAUACAUUUGCCACUCUUACCUUUGUCGGUAUUUGCCCUUCUGCAGUUUGU